AUGCUCGAGUGUGAUGCCGUCCUCAUGACAGGCUCGUGCAUUGUCGACGAGAGCAUGCUCACCGGCGAGUCGGUGCCCACGCCCAAAGUGGCCCUGGUCGAGGACUCCAGCUCCUUCUACUCACCGGCACUGCACAAAAGCAACACGCUCUUCUCGGGAACUCGAGUGCUGACGGUGCAGGGCGCCAAGGAGAGCCAGGGAAAGGUGAAGGCAGUGGUGGUGCGCACUGGGUUCGCCACUGCAAAGGGCGAACUGGCUCGAAGUAUUCUCUUUCCACUAACGGCGAACAACAACUUGAAGAAACAGCUAAUUAAAAUGUCCGCCAUCUUCUUUGUCAUUGGCAUUCCUUGCAUGGCCUACACAGUGUACGCCCUGUCUCGCUUUAAGUACGCCAGUCAUGACAUCUUCAUCAUCGUCCUCGAUGUGGCCACUUUUCUCAUUCCACCGGUGCUGCCAGCUGUGCUGACUAGCAUAAAUGUGCACGCUCAGAGGCGGCUAAAGACAAAGGACAUCUACUGUCUCAAUCCUCGAAUGAUCAGCUGUUCAGGAGAGGUUGAUGUGAUGUGCUUCGACAAGACGGGUACACUUACCGACGACACAAUCGAAUUUGCUGGUGUCGUUCCAGUCAGUGAUGGUCACUUUGAGGAGAUGCAGACUGACCUCGAGCAGUCCAAUAUUGACGACCACGCGAUAGUGCGCUCAAUGGCAGCCUGUAACUCGCUGGUCGAGUAUGAAGACAAGGUCGAGGGUGAUGACCUCGACUUGAAGCUAUUUACAGUCACUGGGUGGAAAUUUACGGCCGAUUAUGAUGCAGCUCUUUUUGAGAAGGCCCCUGAACGCGUGGUGACCAGUGGAAGUGGCGCUCAUACAGUGGCCAUCAUGAAGCAGUUUCCAUUCGAGUCUUUUUUGCAGCGAAUGUUGGUCAUUGUUCGAGACACACAGAGGUCCUCUAAUGUGGCCAUCGUCAAAGGGGCACCGGAAAUAGUUGCCUCCUUUUGUACUUCGGAAAGCAUUCCAAAAGACUUUUUAGAAGUCUUUGAAUCGUACACUCGUCGUGGCUUUCGAGUGCUCGCCACUGCAAUCAAGGUGAUUCCUGAUGAUGGCGUGGACAUGAGUCGAAGUGAAAUCGAGUGCCAGAUGGAAUUCGUCGGACUGUUUCUUUUCAAGAACAAACUCAAAGAGGCAACCUUUGAUGUGCUGCAGGAGCUUCGCAGGGCAAACAUCAGAUGCAUCAUGGCAACGGGCGACAGUCUUCUCACUGGCAUCAGUGUCGCCGAGGAGUGUCAACUGGUGGACAAAUCAGACGCCAUCAUCAGAGUGCGAGCCCACCUGGACAAGUCGUCGAAAAAGGUGCAGGUGCAGUACAGCUACAUCAAGUACCCCGACUUUGUGCUGAAGAACGACAACAAUGCCAACUUUGAGCAGGCCAGUGGUGGUCAUUUCAGGUACCACUUUGCCAUUGAGGGCGACUCCUUUAACACCAUCCGCGCGGCUGAUUCACAGCUGAUCGAGCGGAUAGUCCACAAGGGCACCAUCUUUGCGAGAAUGUCUCCUGACCAAAAGCUGAGUCUAGUGAAUCUGCUGCAGAAGCAGAAUCACAACGUGGGCAUGUGUGGUGAUGCAAUGGAUCUUUUUGACGUCUUUAAUUUAGACUCUACAGCGAAAAAACGUAAAGCUAAUGACAUUGAAGAGGAUGACGUUGAAGCAGCUGUUCAUGAGAAAGUUGACGACAAUCUCAUUGACCAGCUUAUGAGCGAUGCCAAGAAACAGAAAAGCGACGAUUCUGCUGUUUCCAUUGUUGAACCAAGUGCCGAUCAAUCACAGAAUGACCUUGAAAAUUUUGCAGGAAACUUGGAAAGUUUUAUUCCACGAGCCAAAAAGUGUCAAAUCGAAACUAAAGGCUCCGCUGUUCACGAAGUAAUUAUUCCCGAUGAUUUAGAAUAUGUUCCCCUUCGCGACAAUAGCGAUAAUCCGAAUUACAAACCGGUUAAAGAAUACAAGUUUGUUUUGGAUUCUUUUCAAAAGGAAGCCAUCUUAUGCAUUGAAAAUAAUCAAAGUGUUUUGGUUUCAGCGCACACUUCUGCCGGUAAAACCGUGGUUGCCGAGUACGCUAUUGCUUCUUCGCUGCAGAAUAAGCAACGGGUUAUCUACACAACACCAAUCAAAGCACUAAGCAACCAGAAAUACCGAGAAUUCCAAGAAGAGUUCGAUGAUGUCGGUCUGAUUACUGGAGACGUGACCAUUAACCCUACUGCAUCGUGCCUUAUCAUGACUACUGAAAUUUUGCGUUUGAUGCUUUUCCGCGGCAGUGAGGUGAUGCGUGAAGUUGGCUGGGUCAUUUUUGAUGAGAUUCACUACAUGCGAGACAGAGAGCGCGGUGUCAUUUGGGAGGAAACCAUCAUCCUCCUUCCAGACACAGUGCACUACGUCUUUCUCUCUGCAACCCUUCCGAAUGCCUGCCAGUUUGCUGAAUGGAUCGCCCACCUUCACCACCAGGCGUGUCACGUGGUCUACACUGAUUACCGACCCGUCCCUCUGAAUCAUUACAUCUACCCGGCCGGUGGAGAGGGCAUGCACUUGGUGCUAGAUGAAAAGAACAACUUUCGAGAGGACAACUUUAAUCUGGCCAUGAAUGUUCUGCAAAACGCCGGCGAUAAAGCCAAAGGUGAUAUGAACAAUCGUGGUCGCAAAGGUGGAAUGAAAGAUGAUUCAAAUAUUCUCAAGGUCAUCCGAACCAUCAUGGAGCGCAGCCUUGCUCCGGUCAUCGUUUUUAGCUUUAGCCGUAAGGAAUGUGAAGCUUAUGCACUUCAAAUUAGCAAGCUUGAAUUUAAUUCUCCUGAAGAGAAAGCACUCGUUGAAGAGGUUUUCAACAAUGCAAUUGAAGUGCUGAGUGACGAAGACAAGAAAUUGCCCCAAGUUCAGCAAAUUUUACCACUGCUCAAACGAGGUGUCGGAAUUCACCACAGCGGUCUUCUGCCAUUGAUUAAGGAGACCAUUGAAAUUCUGUUCGGUGAAGGCUUAAUCAAAACUCUCUUUGCUACUGAAACCUUUGCCAUGGGUCUCAACAUGCCAGCGCGAACGGUAGUCUUUACCAAUGCGCGAAAGUUUGACGGCACCGACUUUCGGUGGCUCACCUCGGGCGAGUACAUUCAAAUGAGUGGCCGCGCUGGUCGCCGAGGCCUCGAUGAGCGUGGUAUUGUCAUUCUCAUGAUUGAUGAAAAAAUGAGCCCAGCGGUGGGCAAGGAGCUGGUCCGUGGUAAACCAGAUCCAAUCAACUCUGCAUUUCAUCUCACCUACAACAUGGUUCUCAACCUCCUUCGCGUUGAAGAGGUCAAUCCCGAGUAUAUGCUGGAGCACAGCUUUUUUCAAUUUCAACAUUACCUUGAAUAUCCUAAACUCAAUGAAAAGUACAAUGAGUUCAAGAAAGAACUCGAGGAAAUUAACGUUGAUGAUGAAAAGAACAUUUCCGAUUACAUUAAAAUUAAAAAUCAGCUACUACGAUCUGAAAAGGAGUUUCAAGCUUUUCUCACCAAUCCUCGAUACAUUUUGGGAUUUCUCAACUCUGGCCGACUUCUAAAAAUUUCAUCCAACGACAACAUCGACAUGGACUGGGGCGUUUGUGUGAACUUCAAGAAGAUAAAUAAACGAGAUCAAGAUCCUGUUUACACUGUUGACGUGCUUUUACUUGUGGACAAAAAGAUCGAUCCAUCAAGUGAAGCUCUGCUGCCGCCUUCUGCAAAUGACAAAGGCGAAAUGAAAGUCGCUACGCUGGCGCUAAAGAACAUUACCCAAGUGAGUUCGGCGCGUGUUUUUCUUCCAAACGACCUGAGGCCGAUGGAUAAUCGACAGUCAGUGCUCAAGUCGAUUAACGAAGUUAAGAAACGCUUUGGCAAAGUGCCACUUUUGGAUCCUCUGGAAGAUAUGAAAAUUAAAGAUACGGACUUUCUCAAUUUAGUAAAGAAUAUUGAAAAAUGCGAGAAACGACUUCAGGAGUUUAAGAAUAUCGACCCUCAAAGUGCUGAAAAGUACGAGAAAAAGCUAAAACUUGAGGAAGAAAUGGCCAAUUUGAAGAUUCAGAUGAAAAAGACUCGCAGUCUGCUGCAGAUGGACGAACUCAAGUGUCGAAAGCGUGUGCUUCGUCGACUUGGCUACUGUACUUCGGCGGAUGUUAUCGAAAUCAAAGGCCGUGUGGCUUGCGAAAUUUCCAGUGGUGAUGAACUCCUACUCACCGAAAUGCUUUUUCAAGGCGCUUUCAACGAGUUGAAUGUCUACCAAAUUGCUGCCCUUCUCAGCUGUUUUGUUUUUGAGGAGAAAACACAACAACAGCCCAAAUUAACCGAGGAGCUUUCAAAGCCACUAAAAACAAUGCAAGAGCUUGCCAAGAAGAUUGCCACCGUUUCAAAGGAGACCAAGUUGGAGAUAGAUGAGCAAACCUAUGUGGAAAAGUUUCGACCCAGUUUAAUGGAUGUCAUCUACGCCUGGGCAAAGGGCCAGCCAUUUGGUGAAAUAUGCAAAAUGACCGACGCUUUUGAGGGCUCCAUCAUUCGUUGCAUGCGGCGUCUGGAGGAGUUGCUUCGGCAGAUGUGUCAGGCGUCUAAAGUUAUUGGCAACACUGAUCUGGAAAACAAAUUCUCUGAAGCCAUCAAACUUAUCAAGCGAGACAUCGUUUUUGCUGCAAGUCUUUAUCUAUAA